AACAACAAAAUAAUGCAUUAAAAAGCCUAGUUUUUUCAAUUAAUUUGUUAACAAGCGGAGUCAAAGGUACAACGAGAUGUUGCCGACCAUCAUCAUCAUCUUCAAGUCGUGGCAGUUGUGAGCAGCAGCAGCAGCAUCUCCGUAUUUGAUCUUCAUUUUUCUUCAUUGCCAACCCGUUUCGAGUGUAGCAACUACCCAGUAGAAGCAUCAGCAGCAGCAACACCAUCACCACCACCACAUUGACCCCAUACAAAAACCAUAGAAAGAGAGAGAGAGGGAGAGGCAGAGUGAGAGAGGAGGAGGAGGAGAAACCCCAUCAUCACCAUCAUCACUCCCUCCAUCCCAGCCUUCCACUGGCAAGAUCGGAUUGGAGUUUCUUAACCCCAUAAUCCAUAAUCCUUCCCUAUGAUGCAUAUCAAAAGUUUGCCUCAUGCCCAUGCUGCUGCCACGGCCAUGAGUAGCAAUUGUGACAUUGUUAUUGUGACCUCACAGCCACAGACAACAAUUGCCAGCAACAAUAAUAAUGAUAAUACAACUGUCGUAUCCCAGGCCCAUGUACAACAACAACAACAACAACAGCAACAACAUCCUCAGCAUCCUCAUCAUCAGCAGGCGCCUGGACCCCCCUCGGGAGCUACGGCACCACCAACAGAAAUUACGUUACCCUUCAAUAUGCAUCUAGCUGGUAUUUCACCAGGUGCCCAUAGUGCCGCCCAAGCGGCAGCCAUGGCCGCUGCCCAAGCAGCCGCCGCUCAGGCUGCUGCAGCUGAACAGCAACCGCCUCCCUCAUCACAUCUUGUGCAUCUGGCAACGCAUAGUCCGACUAUUCCGGGUGAACAUUAUUUGGCUACCAAUGGACAUGGCGAACAUGCGGCUGAGGCUGGCAGUAAUGGUUCCUCAUCGGCUGCCAAUGGUGGCGGCGGAGGAGGCGGCAGCGGACGUGAACCGGAUAAACCCUUCCAUUGCAAUGUGUGCGAUCGACGAUUUCGCCAGCUGAGCACACUGACCAAUCAUGUGAAAAUUCACACAGGCGAAAAACCAUAUAAAUGCAGCGUUUGUGAUAAGACCUUCCGUCAAUCGUCAACGCUAACGAAUCACCUGAAGAUCCAUACGGGCGAAAAGCCCUACAAUUGCAACUAUUGUCCCAAGCAUUUCCGUCAGUUAAGCACAUUGGCGAAUCACGUCAAAAUCCAUACGGGUGAAAAGCCGUUCGAGUGCGUAAUAUGCAAAAAACAAUUCCGGCAAUCGAGUACACUCAACAAUCACAUAAAGAUUCAUGUCAUGGACAAGGUCUACGUUCCUGUCAAGAUCAAAACGGAGGAGGAGGAGGGGUGACUAGGACGGAUGGCUUUGGCGGCUCAUCACCAGCAACAGCAGCAGCAGCAACAACAACAGCCGCAACAGCAUCAUCAACAUCCGCAGCAUCAUCAUCACCAGCAGCAGCAGCAACAUCAUUAUCAGCAGCAGCAGCAACCUCCUCCGCCUCCAUCUUCGCAGCACAUCAGCAGCAGCGAGCAUCAGCGAGGAGUGACUAUAACUACUCUGCCUUCCACCACAACAGUGGCCCAACAUCAGCAGCAACAGCAGCAGCAGCAGCAUCAUCAUUUGCAUCUUGGCAAUGUAGCCGCUUUGAGUGAUCUCUCCAAUGCCAUGCAAUUGGGCGCCGUAACAGCUGAUGGCAAUUUUGUGACCAUGGGCGGAGUUGUUGUCGGACGUAUUCAGCAUUCGCGCGAAGAGCUGCAACAUCUCGGUGUGAUUAAAGUCGAAUCACCAACGAAUGGUGUGGCAGCUGGUGGAGUGACAACACCCACAUCACGCGAAGGAUGAGUCGAUGAGCUGCUCCUUAAGUAUAUGCUGAAAGCGGAGGAGGAGGUGGACCAUCAGGAUGACAGCAACGAUAAUAAAUGUCGUCAAUCCAAACAGGAAUGAUAGUAGGACACUUAAACUAUCAUCAUCAGCAGCAGCAAAAGCAGCAGCAGCAGUAGCUAAUGCAGGAAUCAAGAAGGAGGAGGAGCAGCAGCCAUCGCUUCAUCAAGUGAAUACCCGUUGUGUGUUUUAAUUAAUUUUUGGGUGUGUGGUGUACGCUUACCGUUGUUGUUAGUUGUUUAAUUGUAGCGAACAUUUGUUGUUGUUGUUAAAAAAGAAAAACAAAAAAAAGAGUUAAAUGUGUGACUAUACAUAUACCCUCCGGGAUAUCCAACCAAAAGAAGAUAUACCAUAACGUGUAUAGCAUCCAAAAAAAAAAUAAACAAAUAUAAAAUUAAACAAAAAUUGUAAAAGAAGAAAAACAGCUUCAGCAACAGCCAGCCAAGCCAAGCCAAGCCAAGCCAAGCCAGCCAGCCAGCCAGCCAGUAAAACAUAAACUAAUUGAGGAACUAUAAACCCCAUAAAUCCUGAUCAGGAUUGGAAUAUCAUAGCUCGAUUUAUCACCACAUAAAGAGAAUUCAGCUUCUAA